GCGCCUAACUCCAAUUCUUGAUUUCUUGAAGAUAAGCCCUUUGCCCAUUCUGUUCUCUUUUCUCAUUGCAGGUUGGUGGGGAGGACAAGGCAAAACGCUUACCAUCCAUGGCGCUUCAACAUUGCCUCACCUCAUCAACCUUCAAAUCCUUGAAGUUCACUGCUGCCCCUUCUCUCUCCCUAUUCAGACUGCAUCCUAAAACCGUGCCCGUACGCCUAGUCCCUCUCUUGAUCAGAGCUCUAUCUGUUUCCGCCGCUGCGGACCAAUCCACAGCCGCCGGUGCUCCCACCGCAUCCAGAGACACUGCAAAGCCGCAUCAGUGGAAAGCCGCGAUAGAUUUCAAGUGGAUUAGGGAGAACAAGGAUUCUGUGGCAGUGAAUAUUAGGAACCGAAACUCCACUGCGAAUUUGGGGCUUGUUCUAGAGCUGUACCAGCGUUUACUCGAUGUUCAGAAGGAAGUUGAAAGGCUUCGUGCAGAGAGGAAUGUUGUUGCAAACAAGAUGAAAGGAAAGCUGGAACCUACUGAGCGCCAAAAACUCAUAGAAGAAGGUAAAAAUUUGAAGGAUGCGCUUGUUAAUCUGGAAGAAAACCUUGCGAAGCUCUCAGAUGAGCUUCACCAAGAAGCCCAUUCUAUACCAAAUAUGACACAUCCAGAUGUGCCUAUAGGAGGAGAUGAUUCUUCAACUGUUCGGAAAAUGGUUUCUAAACCGCGUGAGUUUGGUUUCCCUGUGAAGGAUCAUGUCCAACUCGGCAAGGAAUUGGAUUUGUUUGAUUUUGAUGCAGCUGCUGAGGUCAGUGGCUCAAAGUUUUAUUACUUAAAGAAUGAAGCAGUUAUGUUAGAAAUGGGUCUCGUGAAUUGGACUCUCUCAGAAGUAAUGAAAAGAGGCUUUGUGCCACUGACUACCCCAGAAAUUGUCCGGUCUUCUCUUAUUGAAAAGUGUGGCUUCCAGCCUCGUGGAACUACCACUCAGGUUUACUCCAUCGAGAACAGCGAUCAAUGCCUCAUUGGCACAGCUGAGAUUCCAGUGGGGGGAAUCCAUAUGGAUUCCAUACUUCUUGACUCAUCAUUGCCACUGAAGUAUGUAGCGUUCUCCCAUUGUUUCCGCACAGAGGCUGGUGCUGCGGGCACUGCAACCAGGGGUCUUUAUCGAGUACACCAGUUCAGUAAGGUGGAAAUGUUCAUAUUGUGCCGUCCAGAGGAAAGUGAUGCUUAUCACGAAGAGCUUAUUGAAAUUGAAGAAGAGCUUUUCAGGUCUUUGGGACUUCAUUUUAGAACAAUGGAGAUGGCAUCAGAGGAUUUAGGUGCACCCGCUUUUCGUAAAUUUGAUGUAGAGGCAUGGAUGCCUGGUCUGGCCCGCUAUGGCGAGAUAUCGAGUGCAUCAAAUUGUACUGACUAUCAGAGCAGAAGACUGGGAAUAAGGUAUCGCCCAGAAUCGUUAUCAUCAUCAGUUACUAGUUCAAAGAAGGGAAAAAGUAUGGCUCCCCCGCAAUUCGUUCACACGCUUAAUGCCACAGCAUGUGCAGUUCCGCGCAUGAUUGUUUGCUUGCUUGAGAAUUAUCAGCAAGAAGAUGGCUCUGUUAUUAUUCCAGACCCCUUACAUCCUUUCAUGGGUGGCCGUCAUGUAAUCACACCUAUAAUGAAGUAGGGAGUUGGAUUUGAGAUAUUUGAAUACCAGUUGGGCCAGCAUAAUUUAGGAAAAAAGAACAGAUCUGUAUUGAGUAUUUUUUUUAUGUCCUAUAGAGAUUUCAUUCUCAUAUGAGGAGUGCCAAUUUCCUCAUUAAAUUUUGAUGCUUUUACCAUUUUACUACUAUUACUAUAAUUCUUUUUAUAAAAAAUUUCGGCUGAGAUGCAGUCCUCAACUCAUAACCUAGUUGUUUAGUUUUGUGUGUACAUACUU